AUGCGCAGCGAGGCGUUUUCGAGAUUUUGGAUCAAUUUUACCAACGUCCGCGACGGCGCCGAAGGGCCCCCAGUCGGCUCAUCCGCGCUAAUCCCCCCUCUCCUCGCCACAGCCGACGGCCUCGUCCUCGACGUCGGCCCCGGCACCGGCACGCAGACCCCGUUCUUCACCAACGCAAACCUAGUCCGCAUGUACGGCGCCGAGCCGUGCCAGGGACUGCACAAGGAGCUCAUGGCGAAGGUGGAGGCGUGCGGGCUGAGCGAUAAGUACCAGAUCCUGCCGUGCUCGGUGGAGCGGAAGGAGCUGUACCCGGCGCUGGAGAGGGAGGGGUUGUUGGCGGAGACGGAGGCGGCGGUUGUGAAGGGCGGGGUGGGGCCGGUGCAGGGCGGGCGCGGCGUGUUUGAUACGAUUGUCUGCGUGAGGGUGUUGUGUUCUGUGCCGGACCAGCGGGGGACGGUGAGAGGGUUGUAUGACUUGCUGAAGCCUGGGGGGAAGCUGGUGGUAUGUGAGCAUGUGCGGAAUAGGUGGGGUGUUUGCUGUGGGAAGGGGAAAGGGAAAGGGAAAAGGGGGGGAAGGGAGGGGGGAAGCUUUGCGGCGUGGCUUGUGCAGAUGGUUCUUACGAUGUUGGGGUGGGAGUUUUUUAUGGGGAAUUGCCAUAUGAAUAGGGAUACGGAGCGGGUGUUGAGGGAGGUUGCGGAGGAAGCGGGGGAUGGAGGGUGGGAGAAAGUGGAUGUUCAGAGGUGGUUUGAGUGGUCGGCUCUGCCGUAUGUGGCGGGGACAUUGGUGAAGAGGCGGGAGGGGUAG